AUGCCCGUCCAAACUAUCUCUCUCACCGAGCCAUCUUUAACCUCCUCCGGGCAUAACAACGUCGUUCUACCAUCAAGGACUUUUCACAUCCCCCGCAUCAAGAUCUCGCUGACCACUCUCCUUCGGCAUGGAUACUUGUCGCCAUCAGGCCCACAAAUCGCCGAAUUAAAACAUCACAACUCUCUACGUCUAGCCUACACACUGCCUGAAGAAGUGAUGCGGAAGAAAAUGCUCGCAUGUGCCCAGCUCGGAGUCGGCGAGAGCGAUGAGUGGAGUUGGGCCAAUGUUACGUACGUUUGUUCGGCAUGGCGGAAGGUGGCCAUCGAAUACCUGGAUCUGUGGAGAUAUAUCGACUUUUCGCACCCGAAACGGCACGCCAUCACCACUGGAAGGGCAAAAAUGUCGGCCUUACAUAUCAAGACUACCGUUUCGGACACAAACAUUCGCCUUCUGCAUCGAACGCUACAGCUGGCGCACAGAAUCCAAGACAUCCAUCUCACAUCGCCUAUCCAGAAGAUCUACCCACUUCUCGAAAUCCUAGCACACCCGAAUCCCGCCCUGGAAUCCUUGAUUCUCCGCAUUCAUAUACCCAAGACCCAGGGCAUCAUCAACGCUUACGACCCGCUAUGCUUCCCAACCAGCGGCCCUCCGUUAACGAACCUCAACUACAUGGAGCUUCGUGCUGCACCGUUUUAUCUUCUAACUUUACGAUCCACCUUUCUUACGCACUUUCAUCUUCACGACCUGCCCUUCAUGGAACGACCGACUUUACGAUAUUUUCUAUUCAUGCUCGAGCAUCUGACGCGCCUCGAGUAUCUUACCCUUGAUCGCUCUUUCCCCAUCAAUACGGAAUUUGAUGAUGUCCAGCUCUUGGAACGGCGCAUCUCCUUCCCGCAGUUGAAGAACAUGUCUCUUGUUGGGUCGAUCCGAAUAUGUUGGAGCCAGCAUCUGGAAGCUCACCGAGGCCCUCAACUCGCAAUCCUCCGCCAGCGCUUCCGUCCUCCCCCUCGAGACGCUGGUGCUAACCGGCCACGAAGUGUCUCCGCGCUUCACCGAUCAGGGUUCAGAGCCGAGUGUGGGGGAAGUGGUGCUGCGAUUGAUCUUACGAUCGCCCCCGAUGAACAGGAGCACAAUCAUAAUGACGACGCGCUGAUUACCGCGCUCACCGCCAUCUUGAGGGCCCUCGCCCUGUCUCAGAUCCAUACGCUCGCUCUCCAGGACGUGGACAUCGUCACACACAGGUCCUGGUCGCAAUUCCUCCGGACACUUCCUGCACUCCGUGUUCUUGAUGUAACAGGUCGAGCACCGUCCGGGCUUGUGCUGCAGGACGUCUAUCUGCACAAGGUAGAUUGCUCGAGUGGAGGGUUCAUGGUUGCACCGACUGCACCUGUGCACUCCCACUUCGACCUCGACGAUUCGCGAUUCCUGGACGUCCUUACCGCCAGUUUGCGUGACCGGCGCCGUUUCCGCUUGGGGUUACGUAGCUUGUCGAUCGCACGCUGCGAAUUCGUCCUGCAGAAGUCACUCGAGGAUUCCCGAAUGGCGAUUGCGUACCUCGUUUGCGACCUUAGGAACAUCCUGAAGGAUGAAUUGGUCGAUGAAGCAAACCCAUCACGGUACUGGGGAAGCUGGACUUUAAAUCAUCCACAAGCUCGACAUUACUACCGCCUUCGAACGCUCGUACAGCUUGAUUCCUAA